AAACAUGGAAAAGUUUCGGAAGCUGAAGAGUCGACAGUUUGUUGACAUUGCUGUACAGCUAUGAAUUGUCCCCUACCUGACACAUUCAUUCACUAAUGUUUACUGUCUGGAAACGGGAGCACCGCUAUGUCCACACGCAUACACACGAAAAUCGCAGUGUUAUGGGAGUCAGGUGCAAGGAUACAACAAACCAAGAAGCUCAGCGGCAGCCAUGCUUUCUCAGGGAUUAGUGCUUGCUCUCUUUGUCACGUGGGUGCAGGACGGGCUGACCAAAGAUAUGCUGGCAACCAAUUACGCCAAGGUGGCUCGCUCGGGCACAACGUACAGCAGUUCCUCUGUCAAAAUCGGCCCCAGCCAGGUCGACGAGCCUUAUGACAAAAACAUCAGCGUCAUGAUUGCAGUUCAGCCAAAUCCUGGAGCCAAGAGCGACAGCUUCGUCGUAUACGCGAAGAGAGUUUCGGAGGGCGAAGCGGACCAGACAAGUGAGAGGAACCUAUCAACAUCUGAAGCUAGGAUGUCAGGGAACAUGAACUACAAUCCUGCACUCCGUUAUGUCGCACAAGACAUGAGAUACUAUGUAAACCCAGUGUACACGGCACAGAACAGAAACGAGCCCAGUAUCGAAAGCGAAAGGCAGCAAAUUGAUGCUUUCGGUCAAAACCAAGAUUCAAGCAAAACAAAUAUUGACCAGUUAGGUCCCAGCGAAACGGAAGAACUACCAACUUCUACAGCAAACCAUUCUCGAAGCGGACCAGAAUCUUAUCGGUUCAAAGAAGGGACACAGGGCUUCAGGUCAAAUGACUCGGAUAAACAGCCGCAUUACCUUAAGCUACCUCAAGACGUUUACAAUGGACCAGACUCAUAUCACACUACUGCACCAUCUCCACCCACAUCUGAACCGUCAAUGCACAUGAACGUCUAUCAGAAUGCACCGUCGUCGAAUUUUAACAAAUCAAAUACGCCUAAUUACGAACCCCUGAAUUCAAAAGACUCCUUCAAGCCCUCCCAAGACAGCUACCAACUUCAGCCACCGAAAGAAAUUUAUAAACCAUAUAUUAUUGCUUACCAGUACCCAAAAUUAAAAGAAUCCAUGACCCUAACAGACGACACCUACAAAUCUCCAACAACAAAAGAUUCCUUCAUACCAUCUAUGCACAUCUACCAGCCUUCGAACAUAAAGGAAUCUUUUACACCAUCUAUGGACGAUUACCCGCCAACGAAAUCAAAGAACUCCUUUACACCACCUUCGGACACUUACCAAGACCAGAAACAAAUACAUUAUCACAAAUCACCAAUGUUUACUUACCAAUCUCAGUCAGUAAAAGAAAGUCUCACACCUCCUUUUGUCCGCUCUCCAGAAGAAUUCUACAAACCUCCAAUGAAAGAUAAUAAAUCAUCUGGAGAUGCUAAAAAAAUUCCUACUUCGGCAGAACACCAAGCAGACCUUGACCACUCUUCUACACCAAAAUAUUUCCACAACGCGGUUGAGCAGAACUAUACAUACACAGAUUACGGUCCGUCUUCCUAUCUUCAUAAGGGAAAUUCAUAUGAUCAUCCUACAGAACACAAUAACUAUAAUGAAUAUGACUAUUCUGAACUCGACCAUUCUCAUGAACAUGGCUCUCAUGAUUAUGCAUACUAUCACAAACCGCCUGUCCUAUCACCCGCAUCCGAACAUUCGCAUGGACAUCCGCCAAACUCGUCAAAAGAAACAUACGGACAUCCGUCAUACUUACCAGAAGAACCAUAUGAGGCUUCACAACUUCCACCAAAAGACGGAGCCCCACCAUCUCCCCCACACCCGCCAAAAGACAUAUACGGACCUCCGUCACACUAUCAAAAAGAAUCUUACGGAACUAGGCAAUAUCCGCCAAAAAACAAACAAAAAGACCCACCAUCUCCGACAAAAGACAUGUAUGGUGCUCCACCACCCCUGCCAAAAGAACCAUACGGAGCUCCGCCACCUACACCAAAAGACAAAGUCCCGCCACUUCCGCCAAAUGAUAUGCACGAACCUUACCAACAUCUGCUAAAAGACCUAUACCUAGUUUCGCCAUCUCCACCAGAAUACAUAUAUGGACCUUACCCACACCCGCCAGAAGACUCAUAUGGAGCUCCGCCACUUCCACCAAAAGAUAUUUAUGGAGCUCCACCACCCCCGCCAAAAGAACCAUACGAAGCUCCGCCACAUCCGCCAAAAGACACGUACGGACCUUACCCACGCCCCUUAAAAGACUCAUACAGAGAUCCACCAUAUCCACGAAAAGAAGUGUAUGGUGCUCCACCACCCCCGCCAAAAGAACCAUACGGAGCUCAGCCACCUCCACCAAAAGACAUGUAUGGUGCUCCACCACCCCCGCCAAAAGAACCAUACGGAGCUCAGCCACCUCCACCAAAAGACAUGUAUGGUGCUCCACCACCCCCGCCAAAAGAACCAUACGGAGCUCAGCCACCUCCACCAAAAGACAUGUAUGGUGCUCCACCACCCCCGCCAAUGGAAUCAUACGGAGCCCCGCCACCUCCACCAAAAUACAUGUAUGGUGCUCCUCCUCCUCCACCACCACCACCACCACCUCCACCUCCACCACCUAAACGCAAAUUAUAUGGAUACUACCACAUUGGCCGCAAGCUCUACUUGAUCCCAGCAUACUUCAGCUUCCUGUUCAUCCCCUACGUGGUUGCGCUCAUAAUCAAGUCCAUCAUAAGGCAUAAAGUUAAAGCUCCGUUCAACUACUGGGACACCCACAAGAGAGAGCUGGGCGCUGACGACACGACGAGUCGCGUGGCGAGGGCUAUCGAGACAGCUGAGCACAAAUAUAAGUAAAACACGUUUCCUUUCAUAUUUAUAAUCAUACUUCGACUCGGCAUGUAGUACAGUUGACAAAGCGUUGUUAAAUAUACAAAGUUUUAGUCAAGUGUUAAGUGACUUGUUUUAGGGGCAUAUAUCCUUUCCGAUCUACAUACUGAAAUAGGUGUACAGUCCCCUUGGACCACUAAAGGUCUUUCUGGAUAAAAUAACUUCUUUAUUUUCUCUGAUAAAGGGCUCACUGUACCAAUCGUUAAAAACGUUGGAACAUGGCAUCAGAUGUCUUAUGAAAAUACAAAUUUUAUUAUUUAAAACAUUUGUUUAUAAUAUAGAAAUUCAGUUAUCAUAAUGCAUAUGAGUGAAAUGAAAGCAAAUUCUCUUUAGAGACUGAUGUCAGAUUGCUAGUGUCCUGUUGUGUUAUUAUUCGAUGUGACAAUAAAAUA